UCACUCUUCAGCUCUCGGUGUUGACUUACAGAUAUGUGCUGAACAGACAAAAAAAGACAGGAGAGACAGUGAGAUCACUUUUGGCCCUACUGAAUGUCUAUUUUUUUGGGGUGAAAAUGGAAACUCCAGACUAUAGCAAUUAUGUUGACGAUUACAGCACAGAUGAAAAUUUCGCACCCUGCAAUCUGACAGCGGCAUGGUAUUUCACUGAGCAGUAUGUCCCUGCGACCUACAUUCUGGUCUUCAUCUUGGCUAUACUGGGUAACAUGCUAGUGCUGAUUGUAAUCCGCCGCUAUCGACAGUCCCAUCGCAGUCCCUGCGCUUACUCGCUGACCGACACCUUCCUGCUUCACCUGGCCAUCUCGGACCUUUUGCUAGCAUUGACGCUGCCCUUUUUUGCAGCCCAGUGGAUCACCGGGUGGGUGUUUACCACAGGCAUCUGUAAACUUGCAGGUGCACUCUUUUCCCUGAAUGUCUACUGUGGUGUUCUCUUCCUCGCCUGUAUCAGCUUCGAUCGCUACUUGGCCAUAGUUCAUGCCGUCCACACCAACUGGAGACACAACACCUGCCUGGCUCAGUUAGCCUGUGCAAUCAUCUGGAUCUGCUGCAUCGGCCUUUCUGCCAUUGACAUCAAUUUCCGCAAAGUUGUUGAUAUAAAUGGCUUUGAUAAACAAAUGUGCACUGUAGACUUUAACACUGAUAGUUCUGCACAAUGGCAGCUUAGCAUGCAGCUCGUCAGUCUGCUGUUAGGCUUUUGCCUCCCACUGCUGGUAAUGCUCUACUGUUACUUACGCAUUUUCCAUGCAUUGUGCCAGAAAAGCACACGCAGACAGAAGCGACGCUCGCUCAGGCUCAUUAUCUCCCUAGUGGCGGUGUUUGUGCUUUGCUGGGCACCAUGCAACAUCUUGAAGAUGGUCGACAGCCUGAGGAUACUGUCAAUAGUCAGCCCCAGCUGCACGAUGCACUACAUGCUUGAUGUCAGUAUCCUGGUGACAGAGAGCCUGGGACUGGCUCACACUGCUCUCAACCCACUGCUGUAUGGCUUUGUGGGUGUCAAGUUCCGCCGUGAGCUUUACCAAAUGUUCAAGACAGGUCUGAGUUCUGCUAGGUGCCAAAGGAUGAGUCAAGGAAUGAGUCGCAGGCCAACAGGUUCCUUCAGCUCUGUGGAUAGUGAGAACACCUCAUACUUCUCAGUUGUGGCUUAAGUCACGUGAUUGCUGGGAAAUGUUUUGUUUAUUUCUUAGCCGUACAAAAAGAUUGUACAUAUUGUUUAGAGAAUCCCAGUAAUAUAUUGGUGUUUUGUUAUGUACACAAUUUUUGUUUUUCCCACACAUUAAGAUUUUAUAGUUUGGAGAUACAUUUCAUGUUUCACUAAAAGUUUUACUGAAUAUGCAGGAAUGGCACAGUUAAAAAAAAAAUCUUUGUCUUGAGAAGGAAUUGAAACUAUUUACAGACACAAUUAGAUUUUUUUUUUUCUCUUCUUUUUUCCGCUAAACUAAACAUCUUAUAAAGUAGCUUAGUCAUCAGUUCUGUCUCAGCUUUUUUGUUUUUUGUUUUUACGGUGCUUAUACAUUUUACAUUUUACUGGUGCAGCCAAAGGAAAAGCUCAUUCAAAAAGCAUGCAGUAUUAGCAUUAGUUUUAGAUGUUCAGUUUUCAUAAACUGUAUUUAAUGUUUGAAUUGAAAUUUUUAAGGCUUGGAAGUUAAGGUUUUUUUUUUUUUUUAAGAACAAGUGAGAUGGAUUACAUUUGCAGGUCAAGUACAGUAAUCAGCUUUAAGGGUUUUUUUAUAAAUCAAGAUUGCAUUCUAAUUGCAUAUGAGAAACCUACGUAACACUGUUAUCUCAGAAAACAGUUAUUUAGCUAAAAAAUGUUUUUACUUGGGUUGCAAUGUAUGUAGUGGACUGCCAUGUAUUACUUGUGUCUGGGGAAUCUGUGCAUGUUCUCCACAUGUCUCCCCGGGAUUUCUUUGGGUUCUUCAAUUUAAAAUGUACAUUCAGAUGUGACUUUUUCAGGUUGUUUGUAACUUUCAAGUGCUUUUCAACUGGACCUGAUGCAGAAGUGAAAAUACUCAUUUCCAACAUGGAACCAUUUUCCUAAAUGAAUGCAUCUGCUCUGAAAUGUUUAGUCUUGCAGGCUGACUUUUAGAUGACGCUGGCGGCCUCGGCUGGACAUUUCUAGAACCGUUUGGAUGAUAACAAUUAUCAUGGCAUGAGAAAGUAAUGCACUGAACCUGACAGACUUGUUUGGCUCAACAGACUCGUGUAAACAUUUUCCUACAUCAAGAUAAUCAAAUCCAAAUAAAAGUUAACCUUAACUGUUGAACAGCUAAAAGCCUGUUUGAAACGUAAACAGUAGAAACCUUUUAAAAAAUGUGUAAUGGUUUUAAGGGUUGUAAAGGGAAUUGAAUUGGGUUUAAGGUACUGUAACUCCGUGGUGUGUAUUAAAUCAUAGGUAUAAUUUAGAACCACUAUAACACCUUUUUGUAACUUGCAGAUCGCAUGUUGGUAUCUACUGGAUAUCACAAUUUAUGAUGACAUUAAGUAUCCAGACUCCUCUAAAAAACUCCUACAGUGGUUUCUUCGGUUUGAUGAUGAUGAUCAGGGGCGCCGUUAGGGGGGGUGCAGAGUAUGCCAGGCAUAUGGGCCCAAGAGAACGCUAGGGGCCCCCACAAUCAUCAAUUAAAAUCUUUCCAAUUAAGUUUUUUUUUUAAUCGUACAUACACACAUAUAUUUUAAAUAAUAACACUGUGGUGAAAUA